UAGAAAGAGAGGAUCCUCGAGGUAAAGGUGGAACAUUUCAGUACUGACUCCAGAAACCCUAUAUUCUGAAAGAAGAGGAAGCUUCUGUAUUAUUAAAAAAAUGAAUAAAGCCACUGGUCUGAAACGUCAUGGGGUGGUAAUCUAUGAUGCAAAUGGCUUGAAGAACUUCUGGGAAGAAGUCAUUGAAGUACACACAAAACAAAAAGAAGUAGAAGAUUCCCGCUUAACCAAGAGUGCUUUGAAUAAGCUCCGAAGUGAAUGGGCCCAAAGGCUGGAAGGGCGAACAAGGAUGCUGCAGACCACCAAAAAACUAAAAGGACAGAAUACCCUUUUGUCAAUUGACACAUUUCAGCACAAAACAGUGUUCUAA